AUGCUGUGGCCCACAGCGAUGCGCACCACGACAGGGGAUACGGUGCAGCGUCCGGCUUCUGCUUCUACUCCUUUCUUUUCUGCUCUGACACGCACCGUUGCAUUGCCGACGCUGCCUUCCAUUGCCACCGCAGGGCAGGUAUUUGCGCCCGCGCCGCGCACACCCACGGCGUCCGCAGAGCCGUCCUCCGGCGGUGGAGUGCUCUUCUCCUCUCGCUUCGAAGCGUACAUGACCCUGCUGCUCACCGCACGCACGCAGGCGCUGACUCGUAGCGCAAGCCAGCACAACGUGUUUGCUGGACAGGAGGCCGCUGCACACCAGCUGGGCAGGCUUGUGCUUUACGCUGGGGACCAGGUGGAUCCACUGCUGCUGCGUGCUGCACAGCUGGCCGGCAUUCAACAUCUGCGCCUCUUACAAACCGUUGCGGGCGAUCGUCAGCUUCCCCCUUCGCCGCCGCCGCUGCCGCCUUCAUCACGCGUGGGCACGACCGACGAUAUUGAGGUGGUGCACCACUACAAUUACACGGUGGAUGUGACACGGCUGCAGGCCCGCUUGAUGGAGGACGUGGCGGCCGGCCUGUACCCGAUGAUGGUGGUGGGCACCUUCGGCUCUGGCCUGAGCGGUGCCGUGGACCCGCUGGCGGCACUCGGUGCGUUCUGCACGAAGCUGGGGGUGUGGUAUCAUAUCGAUGCGAGCCACGGUGGGCCGGCGCUGCUCGCGAGUGGCCGCAGAGCAGACCCCUCGCCGCCUUCGCCCAUUUCAGCAUCUGGGCAGUCCCGAUGGCGCGCCUUCGCGGCGGAGUUCGAAGACGCCGCCUGCAUCGCCGACUCGCUGCUGUUGCCGGCGGGCGGCUCGGCGCUACCGUACUCCACCGUGCCCGGUUCUUCGAUUCACCUGAACGGUGGCCGCGGCCUGGCGGGGGCGGCGUUGCUGUUUGUGGCGCACGUCCGCAAAGUCGCGUGGGCCGUGCAGAGCCUCGGCGAGUCGCGCCAGUCCACCUUCAACCAACACGUCACCCCCGGCGUAUCGGAUAGCGACGUUCUGCGCUUGGGUUCCCUGGCGCACUCUUGUGGAUGGUUCGCGGAGCUCGCAGCGGCCGCCACGGCGACGGCGAUGCAUGGCGGCGGACGAACCCGAAAAGAAGCAUUUCAUCAUACAGCAGCGGAGGAAGGAAGCUCGCAGACGUCGGUGGUGGACAACGCAGAGGAUGCCUUGGUGCAGACGACACGCUGCGGUGCUCCGUCGCCGCUCCCCCCCACGGAUCCCCGCGUGCACCUUGCCGAUCUGGUAGCUUGGCAUCAGCAAUUUACUUCUGCGGUUCUGCACGCCAUCCGUAGCGACGGCCGCUUCGACGCCUCGUUAGAUGCAGCCCUUUUUGGCAUGGUGCGCCUGCGCUGGCUGACGGCCGCGGAUGAGGCGACGCGGGAGCUGGCGCGGGCGUGGGCUGACGUGCUGAACGCAGACGUGCGUGCGGCCGCACUGAAAAAUCCUAGCGAGGCGUCUGCGAAUGCCGCGGCGAGUUCUACGGCAAGGCGUGACGACUCACUGGCGUGUGAGACGAGCGGCACUCCUCCGCUGCAGGUGUACGUGGGCGUUGUGCAGUUGCAGCGGCGCCUAUGGGUGAGCCUUUCCUUCGGCGUCCUUCCUCAUUCGAGGGCGAAAGCAAAGGAAGAGGUGGGGUAUUCCACGUUGGGCGGGAGCGCCGGGAGCGGGUCGCGUGAGGGUUGCAGCUGCACUGCAUCUACGAAAGAGGCUGAGGAGUAUGUUCUCCACACGUUAGAUCUGGCUGCACGCCGCGUCCAGUCGAAAGGAACUACGUAG